UCCCUUCCCCUCAUUCCAUUGAUCGCUAAUUUACCCGGCUUCCGUCACCCCACCGCUUCCACACGCCUCCGUCAGUUGGGCGCUUCAGCGUACCAGUCAAAUCCAGCUCUCCAAUAUGGCGGGUAAAUCAAGCGCUCGGGAUGGAAGUGGCGAACAUGUGCUCCGUCAGCGGAUGCACAUCUUGGACCGCGCGAGCCGCUCUCUCAUCGCCGGCGAGCCGAGCAGGAGUGGCAAGGCGCAUGAAGUGCCUGAAAAUCAUGCGGAGGAGCUGCGUUCUCUGCCGUCCCCGCCUACCUCUUUUGCGUACGACUACAUGGAGGAAGAGGACGAGGACGACUACGAGGACGAAGGGAGCGAACACCAUCACCAGCAUGGUUCCGGAGAAGAAGGGGGAUACACACAUCGUCCUACCUCCAAUGAAGCGGCGGAAACUCGCGCAGAUGCAGAAAGGGAACACGAUGAUGAUGACAGUUCCAGACCCUGGUAUCGACCCUCUCUUCCGGUUGUACUCGCGUUGGUACCUGCUGUGGGAAACUGGUUCACUGGCGGUGACCAUAUCAAGGACGUUCUGGUUUUCCUUCUUCUAAUCUUCUAUCUUCACCAAGUCAUAGAGGUUCCAUGGAGACUUUAUCGGAGUGCCCGUCCUCGGCGGUCUCCCUCUCCUCACACCUCAACUGCUCCGUCACUCAUUGCCGCCCAGGCCAAUACCGAGCUCAGAAUGCUUGAGUUUUUGCUGCUCAUCGUCUGUGUUGCUGUCCCUGUUGCGGGCGUCUACAUCCUUCGCUCUUUCUCGAUCCGCAUCAAAACUGAGGACGAGAGCGGUCCUACUCAACCGAUUUCUUGGUUCUCUACCACUCUCUUUGCACUGGCUACCGCUCUACGACCACUGAGCGAACUCGUGUCUCGUAUCACCAAACGGACGAGUACAUUGCAUGCGCGCGUUCAUGCCCACACUGCACCCGCUGGCCCAGAUCCUGCGUUAGCUCUGGAGCUGUCGGAUCUCAAGGCGCAGGUAGCCAGACUGGAGACUGUGAUCAUGCGCAUGAGCCAACGGGAUGCCGAGCUGUAUGCCUUCGUCGAAGACGCGCUGCAGCCUCUCGAGAAAAAUGUGAGACGGAUGGAACGCAGGGUUGGAAAAUUGCGCGCAGCACAACAGCAGCGAAAGGAUACGAACGGGGCUGCAGGUGCUACGCCUAAAACUAUCUUUGUCUCCGCUCCCACGCACAACGCUCGCCCGUUUUCCUUGGCCUGGUUGUUCUCGUCUCCCCUCCCCUCGAAUCAGCCAUCCCUGUGCCGUCCUCGUCGCUGAAGUCCCCAUCGCUCCCGCAUCGUCGCCUUCUUGAAGUUAUCCCGGAAGAGGGCGAGGAUCACAUUCCCUCUAUGUCCCCGCCCAUGUUUACUCCACAGUCGUUUGGGUCAUUGAUUCUGAUGCUGGCCACUCGAUGGGCUUCCGCUCUGUUUGGUCUGCUGGUGCUCCCUGUGACAUUGACGCUGUGGCCGAUCAGAGCUGCAUUGCGCACUGUCGCCCCUUCGUGAACUGUUAUACACGCACCCACACUCUCGUUUUCACUCUUGUACAUUCAAAAAGUGGCCCUUUCUUUUGUCUCGAAACUCUGUAUUCCUACUGUACCAGGUUGAUACUGAACUACUUUGUGCCCGAUGUCGGCAAUUCCCGAAAGCUUGAUACAAUUUUGAUGGCGA